AGCUCUGAAGCUGUGCGGCUCAGGAGGACCUCCACAUGUGAAGCUCAUCAUCGAGUGGGAGCACAGGAUCAAAGACUGUCUGUUUGGAAACAUCCACGAGGAGGUGGUGAAGGACGCGGACAGCGUGAGGAAUCAGCAGCAGCAGCACGUGCAGGCGUACAGCUGCACGCUGGACGAGUGUUUCCAGCUGUACACCAAAGAGGAACAGCUGGCCCCGGACGACGCCUGGAAGUGUCCUCACUGUAAGCAGCUGCAGCAGGGCGUGGUGAAGAUGAGCCUGUGGACGCUGCCCGAUAUCCUCAUCCUGCACCUGAAGCGCUUCAGACAGGUGGGCGAGCGCAGGAACAAGCUCACCACCUUCGUGCACUUCCCUCUGGCCGGCCUGGACAUGACGCCUCACAUGGUGAGCCGCGGCCACGCCUCCCAUCAGCCCCCUCUGCAGCCGGGCUGGAAACAGUCCAGACGACCCGACCCGGCUCCUCCUGACUUCCUGUACGACCUGUACGCCGUGUGCAACCACCACGGAGGGAUGCACGGCGGACAUUACACAGCGUUCUGCAGGAACUCGGUGGACGCUCAGUGGUACAGCUACGACGACAGCAGCGCGACGGUUCCUGAGGCGGAGGUGUGCACACGAGGAGCCUACAUCCUCUUUUAUCAGAGAAGAAACACCAUCCCUCUCUGGUCUGCCAGCUCCUCGCUCACAGGCUCCACCAGCUCGUCCACCUCUGACCACUGGCUGGUCCGUCUGACGGGGGGCAGCAAGCGGGGCAGUGUAGGGUCAGGAGGACCUGUUCCUGGACCUGCAGGUCCUCAUCAGGCUCCGGAGUCUCCUGAGCUCCCUGUGUUUGGAGACGAGCCGACGAAAACACAAGAAACGAACGGGUUUGAAUCCAAGCAGUUCCUCCGCGGGUCUCAGGGGCGGAGCCUGAGCAUGAGAUCCCCGAGCAAAGCGAAGGAGCCUCUGAGCAAAGUCCUGCCUCUGCGCUGGUCUUUUGGCUCUAAGGAUAGGAUCAAACCCCCCACACAGAGACCACCCGGUGAGCUGGUGGAGUACCUGGAGUCUGGACGGCGGCCGCGGUGCACAAAAGAGCCGAUUGUAACGCUGGUGGCCACGCCCCCGCAGAGGAGCGCCCAGGGACGAGGACACGAGGCGGGACAGGACUGCAGCUCGCCAAGCGGCAGCAGUCUGAGCUGCGGCGACAGACUGAGCUCCGACGCCGGUUACUCUCCUAAAAUCCCCGAGGGACAGAGCCGCCCGGGUGAGAGGAGCAUCAACAGUCUGAGAGGCAGAGAGGACGCCGCUCUGAGACAGAGGGCGUCCAAGAGAACCCGGCAGGACCAGGGCCGGACGCUGGAGCUGCAGCUCCACAGAGGCGCCCUCCUGAUGGGUCACGUCAGCCACAGCGCCCCCCCGAGCAGAGACUCCACAUUAAGAAGGGCCAAAGGGGGGGUGUCCAGACCGCAGAAAGACCUGGUCCUUCAGCCUGAGGACAGACGGGGGGGUCAGGAGGGCCGCAGCCACGAGAGCCUCUUGUCUUUUUUUAAACCGGGCUUCAUGAGGAAAGACUCCCCCGGGUCUCCGUUAAGGACGCACGACACACGGCGUCUGAACGGACAUGGACACCUGGGGCGGCUGGCGUGCAGCAAUUUAGCCAAACUGUCUCUGUCCAACGGGACUCUGACCACGGGAGCAGCGGACAACAGGAAGGCGUGCGAUGUCCACAACUGCAACAAAGUCCAGCUGGUCAACGGGAAGGCGGGGCUUCACGACCCCGUGGACAUAAAGCGAGCUCACAGCUCCAGUAACAUCCAGACCAGACUGGACCUGACGUUCAGGCGGUGUGCGUCCCUGCAGAGGAACGGAGACGUCGUGGCCCCUCCCCCCCAUCGGAUUCUGCUAACAGACAAACCGGGCUACGCCACCCUGCAGCGGACUCGAUACAGUACCACCUCCCUGGUGCCUCUGUGACAGCCCAGAAGAAUGACUGCAGAGUAAAAGGACCUCUGGACCCGGAGAAGCUUUCAGGAGGACUCACCGCCGGACAGAAAGCUGCCGGACAGAAAG